CGAUCCAUUGGAGAAACCAUAAGUCUCAAAACAGUUCCCUUGCGUGUCUUUCUUUGAGAGCAUACUGUAUUCUGUUUGUUGGAAGAGAGAGGACUUUUGCUGCGAAAUGAUAAAUCAUCCAUCACGGAUAUCGACACGAUCCCAGAGACUGUGAUUUUCAGCUUUCUCGUCUCUAGACAAGUACGCCACGCGGAGUGGCAGCAGGAAACUAAGUGAGGAUGUCGAUAGUAAACAGAGAACGGCGCAAGAAUGCGGGCAAGCGCAUGGAAAUACUGGGGAAGAAAAUGGAAGAGGAAGACGACGCAUUUUGGAGUCACGAGACAUGGGCKGAAGACGACAGCGGCAACGAAUCCUUUCACGAAUCCGACGAGGAUUCAGCUCUUCGGAAGGAUGUCUUCGACUCGGAUUUCAACGACAGCGAAUCAGACAACGAAGAUGAGGAGGUGGCGGCAGGAGAAGCCGAAGAACGUGAGCUGAGGAAAAGCGAGCGUGCAAGGCGAAGACCGAAAACCAAUAUCCACGCCGCUUAUGGAAACUUGAGUGCCGAUGUUUCCGCCCGAGGGAAAGGGAGAAAAGGUGGCUCUGGUGCUUUCAAACGUGCCAUAGGCGAAGGCUUUAAUGCUGGCAUUGUUUUGAAUCUACCGCCGGAGUCUUCUGACUCCCUUGCUUACAUGGAAUCUUUGUCGGAGAAGGCAAAUGGUACUCUACAAGUGAUACAGCACAAACAACCUGCACCAUUAGAACCUGAAACUCAAACAACAUCUACAAAAGUAAUACCAUCUACUACUACUUCUACCGAUCUUGCAAACCUGACUAGAUUUACCGCAUUACCACCAGCCAGCGAAGUUACUGUCACCAAAACAACAACGGCGCAAGCAACAACAACAACAUCCUCGUCACAAAGAAAAUCAUCUCGAAGAGCAACCAGAGAUCCUGUCGUUCGAGAGUCACAUGCUUCGUCACGCGAACGAAGAUCCCAAACCCGAAAGCUUCGGAGUUGUGGGGGCUCAGCAACCGAAGCAACAAGGACUAUGUCGACACGAAAGACCGCUCCUCCGUCUGGUCAAAAGAAGCCAUCGAGCAGCGGCGUCACUCCCCGCGUUUUGUCUGCUGCGAAGCAAAAGCGAAUUUCGCAAGAAGAGCUUUUGUUAGAAGCAGUUCACGAUACAGAGCCCGAAAACCAACGAUGGCUACAUGGACGCAAACGAGUCCAAGAUCAGCACGAUCGAGAAAAAGAUUCCAACGCCGGCUUGCGAGAGAGGCACAGGGGGAGAAAGAUUGUUCAGAAAUUUCAUUCUAGGCGCGGUUGUCUCAUCACGCUGACCUUCCCCGAAAUGGAUUCCGUGCCCGAAAUAUUGACCAGAAGGCAGCAGUCACUACAACAGCAUCAAACACAGGACGUUAUCCAAGGGGCACAACCUCCAUCGCAGCCAUUGCAGCAACAAUCGAAGCGUUGUGUGAUCACUGGGAGAAUUGGGAGGUACCUCGACCCUCUUACGAAGCACCCAUACUACGAUGUCACUGCUUUUAAAGAAUUACGAAGGCGGCACAAGGCUGGUUUAUCGAUCGCAAAUGGGUGCGUGGUUGAAUCGAAUGUUAGCAACAAAAGAAAGAUCCCGUCCAAUUCUGCACAGAACGAACUAUCCACCACUAAAAUGCCCGCCACAGGACAAAAGAGCAAGCCGAUUCCAAUUACCGUUUGUAGUUGUGGUGGUAACACAACAAACGAAUUGGCAAAAAGACAACAAGGUGCCAAGGGUAAAUCGUCGUCGUCCUCAGUCAAUGUCAAUCAGAAGCUACCAUUCCAAAGUCCAAAACUCCCGUCCAAAAGUAAGACAGUCACUAUGUAUCGCCAGAAAAAGAACAGUUUGAAUCACCUUGUCCUACCUUUAGAAGGAAAUUCCGGUUCUGCCUCUGCUGCAGCAAAAAAUAGUGACAAAUUCCUGGUAUGUCCAAGCGGUAGAAGAUUAUCCCCACGUAAACGGAAACCAAGUGAAAAGGUCUUAGAGACGAUGGCCAUGUUGCCCCGGAAAGGUAGUGGUGGUAAUGAAGCCGUUACUCCAAACAACUUUUGGAUAGAUCCCAAGAAAUCCCAGCCUGCAAAAUUACCAAAGGAUCGGCGUCAGAACAGCGGGAAUAAAAAAGACAAUGAAACUUCAAACCCCAAAAGUUCGAAUUCAACUGCCCUGGCCUCAGCAUUACCGAAACUAGUACUGAAGCUCCUGCCAUCAGUGCAAUCAAUGCCCUCAACCAUAAAUGGGAGCAACCAAAUGGCUCUUGAGGAAAAAUCCGUCGUUUAUAGAGAUCCCAAUAUCUCAACGGCAAUAUGUCCUGAGAAAGACGUUUUGAUUCCGCCAUUGGCCAUUGUUGUCGACGUCGAUCCAUCCAAAGCUAUGACUACUAAGCCUACAGAUGACUCCUUAGAUGGGAACAUCGUUGUCAAAUCUGCUACCGACAAGACCUCAAGCAGGGAUAUCGGAUAACACGAAGUAAUAAAGAAAAAAUUGCCUAGACGAACAUAAAUACAUCAGAGCAUCAAUUAACUCGUUGCUACUACUUAUUCAUCAUUGAGAUCCGACUCUUGGAGCGUGUAAUAAGUUUGAUCGCGACAGUAAACUUCUCCCUGUGCUAUCAUGGAGUCGCCCGCUGGACUUCCGACCGAUACAACUGUCACAGUACACGUUCCCUUUGGGAUCGCCUUGUGGCUGACAGAAUUGAAAGAAAUCUUCGCCUUCGUUGCAAUAUCCAACGCCACAACCAGUUCGCUGCAUGCAUCGGUGACUUCUCCCAGCAUCAAAUCAUCUCCGCCAAGAAAGUUGAACACCAGAGUCUCGCUCUCCAUGGCAGAUGCUGCUGUUGUGAAUGCAUCCUUUAUAGCUUCUUGUGGCCCAUAAGUAACUUCUUUGUUAGUGGUCUGGCCAGGAUCCUUGUACAAUUCGACUCCUUGUCCCAUACAAAGAAUUGUCGAUCCAGAAUUCUUCAAUGCGCUUUGCACAGUCGCCUCGUCAACGGUCAGCAAGUUGUUGUAUCUCAGCAGAUCCUUUGGAAGACUCUCUGCCUUUCCUGGUUUAUGCUUGACGUCACCUACAAUCUUAAUUGCAGAGUCUUUAGCCAAUCCAACGCCUCCCGCCGAAUCAUCGGCUUCGACAAAGGUAUCCACCCGAGCCGGAACGUAGUUCAACUUGCUCCUGCUCUGAGCGUUAGAUUGAACGCUAACGGCCGGAUUAAAACCACCGACGUCGU